AUGCAUAAGGUGGUCGUGCCAAAGCAUUCUGGGGUUCAUCGCUUUGCUUGUCUGGCACUUUAUCGAACCCUUCUCCGACAAUGUUCUCCUUCGACGAGUAAUGCACCAUGGCUGAGCGAGACCAGAUUCCUCGCCCGGCAGAGAUUCCGCAGAUAUAAAGAUCUCCAAAGCCCAUCACAGGUAGCAAAUGCCUUGAAAGCCGGCUAUCAGGCUCUGGACCUGCUUGAUUCGGCCUCGAGAGGAAACAGACAGGACGAAAGGCAAAUCACAGCAAUCCUCGCGCAAGCAAAAUCCAUCAAGGAGAAAUCCGCUGCCGUACAGAGGGAGAUCAAUCGAUCGAAAUCCCCGAGUCCUCCGAAACCGCUCUCUGAACGACAAAUUCAAAGGCAGAAGUCGGUUCGUCACGAAGAAGAGACUUGGCUACGACAUCCGAAUGCCGAAUCAGUCCUCUCACGCCCCAGACCAAAGGUGAGCGGAAAGCGACAAGUGCCGGUUCUGGUCAAUGCUCGUGGAGUGCCUUUCCUACGCAUUAAAAAGCCGCAGCCUAGGAAUCUUAGUGGUGUCAUUCGGUCGAAGCUAGAGAAGCGCUGGCAUCGUAUUGAACUGAGAGAACGGCUGCAGGUGGAACUCUUAUUCGCCAAGGACGAAGACACCUGGGACCACCUCACAAAGACGAAGGCUGGAGAUCCAACAUUAUGGUCUGCAAGCGUCAAAGCGUCCCUAGAUGACGUUUGUCAAAAAAUCAAGCAGACAGAUCACGAUAAUCGUGAAAUGUCGGAGCGUAUGUGGCAGGUUGUGCUUGAUGAGCGCGCGCUGGCUGCUAAGGAAGAGAAAGAAAGACAGGCGGCGGAGGGGAAAAGCCCCACAGGUGGAUGA